UUUAUAAAAAAUAAUGAAGGAUUACAGUGAAACUCGUCCUCUAAACAAAAAAAGAGUAGUGAGAUCAGAAUCACCUCCUCCACUUCGAAUUAGAUACAAUCGGCCAUACAAAACAAUAGUUUUAUCAUUUUUUCUAUUGAGUGCAGGAAUACUAUUUACAGAAUAAGGAAUAUUGUAAUAUCAAGAGAAAGGGUUAGGAGAGACAUAUCCAAUAUUUAUUUUAGCAAUAAUGUUAUUAAUACCAGGUGUAUUCUAUUCUGGAAUGUUUAUAUUGAUAGUUUUAGGAAUAGGAGGAUUUACUUAUGAUAUGUUACCAUCAGUGAAUAAUUGA